UAAGAAUUACAGAUGUUUUUUUUUGUUGUAAUUAGAUUUUAAAAGUUAUAUAAAUUUUUAAUCAGCAUUUUUUUAAACAAAAAUAAAAGAAUUUAAAGUUUUAACAAACAUAAAGAGAUUAAGAAAUUUCUGAAUCAAUUUCCAACAAAAUGGAUCAACAAAUAUUGGAAACAUUUUUAAAACAAUCAACAACCAAACCAAUUUAUAAACAAUAUUUACCAUUUAUGAAAUUAGCUCGUGAUAGUUUUGCACAGAAUCCAAUAUUAACAUAUUGGACAUUAUGUUAUGUUGUUGAAGCUGCAUUAAAAAAUCAAACAAAACCAACGGAUGAUUUUCGUAAAUUUUUAUUGGAAAUUAUGUCCUGUUUGGAAAAAGAAAAAAAAUCACGUAUUGGUGAUAAUUCAGCAGCAUCUAAACCAAAAGAUGAUCGUCAAAUACAAUUGGAAAAAGAAUUAUCAUCAUUAACAUUAUCGGAAUCGGAUUCAAAACGUGCUGAAUUAUUAUGUGAAAGUGCAUUAUAUGCAAUACGUGCUAAUGAUUUAUUGACUGCUGUUGAUACAUUAAAACAAACAAUCGAAUUACUUUAUAAACGUGCAAAAAAAUAAUGAUUAUAAUUCUCAUUAUUAAUAUAUUCUACGUAUGAUUCUGGUCAUCAUCAUCUUUUUUUCCGAAACAAACAUCGUAAUUAACCUGUCUCACAAACAAGAAAAACAUGAAAAAAAUCUAAUUUAGAAUUUUCAAAAUAUAUACUAAUGGUGGUCAGAAAGAAAGAAGAAAAAAAUAACUUUCUAUUCUUGAUUAGAUAUAUCUUUCACACUACUUUCAUCAUCAUCAUCUUGGCCUUAAUUGUUUUGUUUUGUUGGAUUUUAUUUUUCGGUCAAAACACAGCAUCAAAAUCCUUAAAAAUGAUG